UUUCAGAUCCCGCAGAUAAGCUAUGCGUCCACAGCACCAGAGCUGAGCGACAACAGCAGGUAUGACUUUUUUUCCCGUGUGGUCCCACCUGAUACCUUCCAGACCCAGGCCAUGAUUGACAUUGUCAAGGCUUUACGCUGGAAUUACGUCUCGACCCUGGCCUCCGAGGGAAACUAUGGAGAGAGUGCAGUGGAAGCCUUCAUCCAGAAAUCUCGAGAAGAUGGUGGAGUCUGUGUAGCCCAGUCAGUGAAGAUUCCACGAGAUCCCAAACGAGCGCAGUUUGACAAAAUCAUCCAGCGCCUCCUGGAAAUGCCCAACGCUCGAGUAAUUAUAUUCGCUAGUGAAGAUGAUAUCAGGCGAGUGCUGGAGGCCACGAAGAAAGCCAAUCUGACCGGCCACUUUCUGUGGGUUGGAUCCGACAGUUGGGGUUCGAAGGUCACGCCGGUGUUACGACAGGAGGCGGUGGCUGAGGGAGCAAUCACCAUCCUUCCCAAGCGGGUUUCACUCCAAGGUUUCGAUAAAUACUUCAUGAGUCGAACCCUAGAGAACAAUAGACGAAACAUCUGGUUUGCAGAAUUCUGGGAGGCAAACUUCAACUGCAAGCUGAGCCGACACGGAUUUAAGCGAGGAAGCCGUGUUAAAAAAUGCACAGGGUUGGAGAGGAUCGGGCGAAACAACUCUUACGAGCAGGAAGGGAAGGUGCUGUUUGUCAUCGAUGCCGUUUACGCCAUGGCAAACGCUCUGCACAACAUGCACAAAGACCUGUGUCGAGGUCACAUCGGCCUCUGCCCCAAAAUGGACCCUAUAGAUGGCAAGGUCCUGCUCGAGUACAUUCGCAAAGUCAACUUCUCUGGAAGUGCAGGGAACCCUGUGACAUUCAAUGAGAACGGAGAUGCCCCAGGACGUUAUGAUAUUUACCAGUAUCAAGUCAAGGACAACUCUACUCAUGCAUAUACAGUUAUCGGAAAAUGGGCUGACAAACUCCAAUUAGAGAUUCCGUCAAUGAAAUGGCCAGGAGGAGUCUGGAAGGUCCCGCCGUCCAUUUGCAGCCUGCCCUGCAAACCGGGGGAAAGGAAAAAGAUAAUCAAAGGCAUCCCGUGCUGCUGGACCUGUGAACUGUGCAGCGGGUACCAAUACCAGGUGGAUAAAUUCAACUGCAAGGUCUGUAACUUUGACAUGCGUCCCAAUGAGAACCACACAGGCUGCCGCUCCAUCCCCAUCGUCAAGCUGGAGUGGUAUUCCCCCUGGGCCGUUGCACCCGUGUUCUUUGCAAUCAUCGGUAUCAUUGCCACACUAUUUGUUGUGAUAACCUUCAUACGUUACAACGAUACACCCAUAGUGAAAGCGUCCGGACGCGAAUUGAGCUACGUGCUGCUGACGGGGAUUUUUCUCUGCUACGCCAUUACCUUCCUGAUGAUAGCGGAGCCCGAUGUUGCCAUUUGCUCCAUGCGUCGCAUUUUCCUGGGGCUGGGCAUGAGUUUCAGCUACGCAGCCCUGCUCACCAAGACCAACAGGAUAUAUCGGAUAUUCGAGCAGGGGAAGAAGACAGUCAGUACUCCCAAGUUGAUCAGCCCUGCCUCUCAGCUGGUGAUAACUUUUAGUCUCAUCUCUUUGCAACUGACGGGCGUCUGCAUUUGGUUCAUUGCCGACCCGCCGCACUUCUACAUAGACUAUGACGACCAAAAGACUGCCAACCCCGAGCUGGCCCGAGGAGUUCUCAAAUGCGACAUUUCUGACCUGUCCCUCAUCUGCUUACUUGGAUAUAGCAUGCUCCUAAUGGUGACAUGUACCGUGUAUGCCAUCAAAACCAGAGGCGUUCCAGAGACAUUCAAUGAGGCCAAACCUAUUGGAUUUACCAUGUACACCACCUGCAUUGUCUGGUUAGCUUUCAUUCCAAUCUUUUUCGGAACGGCACAGUCUGCAGAGAAAAUGUAUAUUCAAACCACCACUCUGACCAUCUCUAUAAACCUGAGUGCUUCUGUGUCACUGGGCAUGCUGUACAUGCCCAAGGUUUACAUCAUCCUCCUCCACCCAGAGCAGAACGUGCAGAAGCGCAAGCGCAGCCUGAAGGCCGUAGUGACGGCAGCCACCAUGUCCAACAAGUUUACCCAGAAAGGAGCUCUCCGUCCCAAUGGAGAGGCCAAAACAGAGCUGUGUGAAAACCUGGAAUCCCAAGCAUUGUCUACCAAGCAAACGUAUGUCAGCUACAGUAAUCAUGCAAUUUAAGAGAACACGGUUCUCCCUUCAGUUAUUUGCAAAUGAGGAAUAAAGACACUUGGGAAGACAGGUAUCUCGCUAUUCCGAAUGUCCAUCUGCACCUGCCAACAAGGAUAUUAACGCUCCUUUGGGGGUAUUUAAACGGUUGGAUGCCCGAGAUCAACAUCCUUCAAUGGCCCAGCCCGUCGAGAUGACAAAACUGCACGCAAGGACGAUGACAAAUUUCUCAGUCACGUCAGUUUCAUUGGUGACAAAAAAAAUAACUCCCUUUAAAUCUUGUGACGUCGUCUGUGAUUGUGGUCGGAGUUAUUUUCAUUUCUAUUCAUUUUGAUCUGAUUCUGUGUGUCGCAAAAUUAAAAUAUGUUUCCGUGCUGACCAAAUAGAUGGUAAGUUUAAUGUAUGUGACNAAAAAAAUUGACUGGAAAAAAAAUAAUGUCUGCUUUAUGUCCUGACAAAUCAAAAGUACAGUGCCUGGUUGUUUAUGAAUACUUAAUGGAAAGUGUAGAGCAUGUUAAUUUUUAUACAAAAAUAUUUCUAAUAAAAUAGUGUUU